AUGCCCUCCGAGCUCGAACUCCAAAUAUCCCCCAUCGUGCAAGAGUCGCUUGUGCACAAUUCAAGGACACUCCAAAACCUGCAAUCCCUAACCGCCUCCCUCUUCGGGGUCAGCGCAGGGAUCCUCGGCCUGGAAUCAUACGAUGGCUUCCUCUUCUACCUCGCCUUUUCACUUCUUACCUCAGCGCUUUUCUACCUAGUGCGCGUUGCGCCGAGUUCGUUGACUGCCGGACCCAGGUACUUCCGCGGCCCGUUCGAGUUCUGGGCCGGCGGGUUGAUGAACGGGCUGGCGGGGUUUAUUCUCACAUGGACGUUGUUUUAUGGGUUAGUGAGAGCGUGA